AUGAUCGCACGUCAGGAGCAGCCACUGUCGAACCAGACGGAUGAUGAGUCGGAUCUGGACCUGGGGGACGACAACGACUUUCCAGAGACAGCUGAGAUAUCCGGCGGGACCGAAGAUGAAGUCAAAAAGGCCUUUGAUCGCGACCUCAGGGACGCCCGCGACUUUGCGCGGCAAACCUUUGCUAACGAUAAGGAGAAGAAAAAGGCACAGAUGGAGUUUGUGAAGAUACGACAGGAGGGUUGGAAGCGACAGACGGAGAAGGAGCGGCGAAACUUUUUACACGUCCUCGCCUACUACGACCACACGCAACGGCCUACGCUACAGUGGCUCAUGGUUCGGGCCAUCCUGAAACUUCCCGAACUCAUGCGCGUCCUAGACAGCUCGAAACGGACGCCAUUGACUGUCGCGCUUUCCGUCGGAAACGAGAUGUUCGUCCAUGCCACGUGUAAGAACGUUACGGACGAGACUCGGAAACGCAUUGGGGAGUACCUGAAAGCCGAGUGCGUCGAGCACGACAAUGACCGCGAGAUCACAUGCCUUCAUGUCGCUAUCUCAGCCAACUUCAAGCCUGAGCUCACGGCCAUCAUCAUCAGUUUCGUCCCAGAAGAGAUGUUCUCUGUGGUAGACUUCAAGGGUCGGACUCCUCUUCACCUCGCAGUCGAGUUUGACAAGUGUUGCAAGACCCAGAUCAGUAUCGUAACCCAAUUGUUGCAUCGGGGUCCUGCUGCUCUGGACGUUCGGACGCUACCGGAUUUGUGGAAACGUACUCACUCAGUCUUCCAGCACCACGAGAACACGCGCCGGGCUGCCGAGAACACAUCGCAGGCCCGGAACGCAAUGAAGAAGAGACAGGAGGAUGCUAAAAGAGCCGACAGAGAAACAGACGCGAAGAUCAAAGAGGCAGUGGAAAUGACGACAGCGCCAACCAAAUCUCUCCACGGCCAUGGGGAGCCACGGUCUACGGCAGCGCCGGGGAGGGCUAUCAUCGAGACUGGGGGCCACGGGAUUGGUGGGAAGAGCUUCGCCCCCGGGGCCGCUUCUCCCGUCCCCCACGGCUCCGGCAAAGCCCCACCUCCGCUCUUGAGGGUUGCUACGGUAAACUUGGAAGUGGCGGGUGGGAAUGAGAGUGGGAGUAGAGGGCCGAGCUCGCCUUCAACGGCCAAGGGGAUGGGGCCGCCCAUAGACCGAGAGCAGGAGCGUGGAGAGAGCGCAGACGAAAUUAAGGAAAUGCUGAAGAUGGUAUACUUGCGCGUGAAAAAGCCGCACGAGGCUGCUCAUUAUCUCCACAUUCAGGACGAGAAAGAGAAGGAACUGUGGUUCGACUUUGGGCCACCAAGGGCUAGCAGCAUCACUCAGGAAGAAUUCCGCAAACACUUCGGCCAUCUCCAGUUUGACAAGGUGCUACAGUAUGUUGCAUUUCCCCGUGUCGAGCUAAAGCAGCAGGGCGAUGCCUUGCCCGCGAGCGAGUGGAGUCAGGGCCGGCGGGAUAUGACCUUUUUCUUUGACUGGCUUCGGAGGAAGGGUGUGCAGCGUAUCAUAAAGGUCAUUGUGGACGACAUUGGGCUCCCUCCUCAUAGUGAUGAGGCGAUCGAAGAGGCGCUUCAGCCAUUCGGCCCGGAGAUUUUGGACUGGAGGAGACUCGACCUCGACCCAGUCACGCUGCAAAGAGUUGGCAAGAAUCUACGCGAGGUGCAUCUUCAAUGGAGCGGCAGAAACACGGUACUCAGAUCAUGGAGCGAGGCGGAAGGUCUAGCCAAGACGCCGACUCUCGAAUCGAUACACAUCCUUCAAACAGAGGGCCUAAGCUCCAACGAACGAACAAAGAAAAAUCUCUCUGACUUCAAAGACCGGCUCUACGCAUCAUGGCCCGAGGACCGGCCGAAGCCCACUGUUCACUUGCCGGAGGCUGCGAACACCAGCCGCUCACGAGCAUCCGGACAGCCCGGCGCUUUCCAACCGUCCCAGCAACAAGAGCCGAGCAUCGACCCUCAUCGUUGGAUGCAAUGCAUGGAGGAGUUUGCCUCAUGCUUCCGGCAAAUCAAGGGCCUCAACGACCAGCGCAGCGAGCCGGCCCUCAACCCCGUCACCGUGGCUCUCAUUGAUGAUGGCGCCGAUAUCACCCACCCCGAACUCAACGGGAAAAAAUUUCGCGGGAAGAGCUUGCACGAGUAUGUCGACGGCUCCGGUUGGCGCGUCUCGCCGUACUGGCACUCGGCAAGCGGGCACGGCACGCUCAUGGCGAGGCUAAUCCAUCGAAUCUGUCCGAGCGCCAUCAUCUACAUCAUCAAGCUCCAAACCUGGAUACCUGUGGGAUCAAACAAGCUGCAGAUCCAACCUCAGAGCGCCAUCCAGGCAAUCGAACACGCCAUCGAACAAGGGGUCCAGAUCAUCUCCAUGUCUUGGACCAUGAAACCCCCCGAAAGCGCUCCCGUGAGAAACGCCUUCGACACGGCCAUCCACCGGGCCAAGGGGAUCCUUUUAUUCUGCUCGGCCAGCGACCAGGGCAAGUUCCAGGACUUUACGUACCCGCACGCUUCCAAUCCCAACGGCAGCUUCCGCAUCGGUGCCGCCAAGAACACGGGCAGCAUGGCGGAUUUUGUGGGCGACGCCCACGAGUUGAACUUUAUACUGCCAGGGCACAAUGUUGUCGUCAAUGACCGGGCAUACGCCGACGUCAAGGACAAGGACUUCCAGGAAUUUGCGUCGCACACGGGCUCGUCGGUUGCGACGGCGCUGGCAGCGGGCCUCGCGGCGCUGGUGAUGGAGUGUGUGAGGUUGGGUGUGUUUUAUACCGAGGAGAUGAAGCUGUGGGAGCCGAGUCUUGCCAUCCACAAGGAGGACUUGUUGGCCAUCAGGGACCGCGACGCCAUGGGGUACGCGCUCUCGUCCAUCGGCGUGAAUAGGCAGACGGAUAACAAGUAUAUUGAAGUGUGGGACACGUUCAGCGGUGUGGCGCAGAGGCUGAAAUAUGAGAACAUGAGGCAGGAUCAGCUGGAGAUUAUUGCUGGGCUGGCGAGGAUGUUUUUAAGAAAAGGUGUGAAAACUACGGGGACCACCAUGGGCUACUAA